CAGCGAUGUUAUGAACACAAGCAGUACAGAAACGGGCUCAAGUUCUGCAAACAAAUCCUGUCCAAUCCCAAGUUUGCAGAGCAUGGAGAGACCCUGGCAAUGAAGGGACUGACCCUGAACUGUCUGGGGAAGAAGGAGGAGGCCUACGACCUGGUGAGAAGAGGCCUGCGCAAUGACCUCAAGAGCCACGUCUGCUGGCACGUUUACGGCCUACUGCAGCGCUCGGACAAGAAGUAUGACGAAGCCAUCAAGUGUUACCGCAACGCUCUGAAGUGGGACAAGGACAACCUGCAGAUCCUCCGAGACCUGUCCCUGCUGCAGAUCCAGAUGAGAGACCUGGAGGGCUACAGGGUGAGCUGCCAGGGGGUUCAUGAGCG